CAGAGCGGCGCGGCCCGCCCGGGGGCGCCGCGGGCCGGGUCAGCGCGGACGGCGCUUGGCAGACUCGGACGCACGGCUGGCCGGCCCCUCCCUGCCCGCGCGCCCGGGCGCCCACUCGCCGGCGCGGGGCCCGGGAGCGAUGACAUCGACGGGGAAGGACGGCGGCGGGGCGCAGCACGCGCAGUAUGUGGGGCCCUACCGGCUGGAGAAGACGCUGGGCAAGGGGCAGACAGGCCUGGUGAAGCUGGGAAUCCACUGUGUCACCUGCCAGAAGGUCGCCAUUAAAAUUGUCAACCGUGAGAAGCUCAGUGAGUCGGUGCUGAUGAAGGUGGAGCGAGAGAUUGCCAUCCUGAAGCUCAUCGAGCAUCCCCAUGUCCUGAAGCUGCAUGACGUCUAUGAAAACAAAAAAUAUUUAUACCUGGUGCUAGAACAUGUGUCUGGGGGGGAGCUGUUUGACUACCUGGUGAAGAAGGGACGGCUGACCCCCAAGGAAGCCCGCAAGUUCUUCCGGCAAAUCAUCUCUGCACUGGACUUCUGCCACAGUCACUCCAUAUGCCAUAGAGACUUGAAGCCAGAGAACCUGCUGCUGGAUGAGAGGAACAACAUUCGUAUCGCAGACUUUGGCAUGGCAUCCCUGCAGGUGGGAGACAGCCUGCUGGAGACCAGCUGUGGAUCCCCACACUAUGCCUGUCCGGAAGUGAUUCGGGGCGAGAAGUAUGAUGGCCGCAAGGCAGAUGUGUGGAGCUGUGGUGUGAUCCUGUUCGCCUUGCUGGUGGGGGCUCUGCCUUUCGAUGAUGACAACCUGCGGCAGUUGCUGGAGAAGGUCAAGCGUGGCGUGUUCCACAUGCCACACUUUAUCCCACCAGACUGCCAGAGUCUCCUGCGUGGCAUGAUUGAGGUGGAUGCAGCUCGGCGCCUCACGCUAGAGCACAUUCAGAAACACAUAUGGUAUAUAGGUGGCAAGAAUGAGCCAGAGCCGGAACAGCCUAUCCCACGCAAGGUUCAGAUCCGCUCACUGCCCAGCCUGGAAGACAUUGAUCCCGAUGUGUUGGAUAGCAUGCAUUCGCUGGGCUGCUUCCGAGACCGCAACAAGCUGCUGCAGGACCUGUUAUCUGAGGAGGAGAAUCAGGAAAAGAUGAUCUAUUUCCUCCUCCUGGACCGGAAAGAACGGUAUCCCAGUCAUGAGGAUGAGGACCUGCCUCCCAGGAAUGAGAUAGACCCUCCCCGGAAGCGUGUGGACUCCCCGAUGCUGAACCGGCAUGGCAAGCGACGACCUGAGCGCAAGUCCAUGGAAGUGCUCAGUGUAACAGAUGGUGGCUCCCCGGUGCCUGCACGGAGAGCCAUUGAAAUGGCCCAGCACGGCCAGAGUAAAGCAGUGUUCAGUAAAAGCCUGGAUAUCGCUGAAGCCCAUCCCCAAUUCAGCAAAGAAGACAGGUCUCGCUCCAUCAGCGGCGCCUCCUCAGGCCUUUCUACGAGUCCUCUCAGCAGUCCUCGGGUGACCCCUCACCCCUCACCAAGGGGUAGUCCCCUUCCUACCCCCAAAGGGACGCCUGUCCACACGCCAAAGGAGAGCCCAGCUGGCACACCAAACCCCACACCACCAUCCAGUCCUAGUGUUGGAGGGGUGCCCUGGCGGACACGGCUCAACUCCAUCAAGAAUAGCUUCCUGGGCUCACCUCGCUUCCACCGCCGGAAAUUGCAAGUUCCCACGCCAGAGGAGAUGUCCAACCUGACCCCAGAGUCCUCUCCAGAGCUGGCCAAGAAAUCAUGGUUCGGGAACUUCAUUAACCUGGAGAAGGAGGAACAGAUCUUUGUGGUGAUCAAGGACAAGCCCCUGAGCUCCAUCAAGGCUGACAUCGUCCAUGCCUUCCUGUCGAUACCCAGCCUCAGCCACAGCGUCAUCUCCCAGACAAGCUUCCGGGCUGAAUACAAAGCAACAGGGGGCCCAGCAGUAUUCCAGAAGCCAGUCAAGUUCCAGGUGGAUAUCACUUACACUGAGGGCGGAGAGGCCCAGAAAGAGAAUGGCAUCUACUCAGUCACAUUCACUUUGCUCUCAGGCCCCAGUCGCCGCUUCAAGAGGGUGGUGGAGACCAUCCAGGCCCAGCUGCUGAGCACCCAUGACCAGCCAUCAGCCCAGCACCUGUCAGACAACACUAACUGUAUGGAGGUGAUGACGGGGCGGCUUUCCAAAUGUGGCACCCCAUUGAGUAACUUCUUUGACGUAAUUAAACAACUUUUUUCAGACGAGAAGAACGGGCAGGCGGCCCAGGCCCCCAGCACACCCGCCAAGCGGAGUGCCCACGGCCCCCUGGGUGACUCCGCGGCCGCUGGCCCUGGAGGGGACACCGAGUACCCGAUGGGCAAGGACAUGGCCAAGAUGGGGCCGCCCGCCGCCCACCGUGAGCAGCCUUAGACACUAGUCCCUCCCCAGCACAGAACAGCACAGCACAGCACAGCACUGACUGUGGCCUUCUGCCACCCUGUGUGGAUCAGGCCCCACCUGCCUGCCCAGAACUUGUCUCAAGCCUGGGAGGAAAGGAGAGUGGCCAGGGCACGGCCCACAGGCUGGGCUGCUGGGCUUACUCUCUUUUCUCUCUUGCGGUCUGUCUCUGCCUGUCUCUGACAGCAUCGCUUGUUUCCGCUCUGAUACCAGGAAUUAUCCCGAAAAGUUAACAUGUCACCUCCACGAGGCCAUCCUCUGUGCUGCGUGUGGACACUGGCUGAGCGAAGGCAGCUGCUGCGGACCACCUCCCCUCCUGCUGCUGCUGCUGCUGGGCAGAGAGGCCAGCCCACUGUCCACCUCUGCCCAUUCCCAGGCAGCUCUGCAUGGCCCAAGGGAGGAGGGCCUGACUCCCAGGGGGACUCUUCUUCUAGCCCAGCCACCCUGGACUCCCAGUGACCAGACCCUUGACAGGGACAACCUGUCCACCAUCUUCCAGGGUAGGGGACCAUGGUGGGAGAAGCAGUGGGAAUGGAUUGUCCUCCACGCCACAUUUGGAGGCCUCCUGGGCCACUCACCUCACCUUUUCCACACUUUGGCCUCACCAGGGCCACCUCUUCUCAUCUGCAUCCAUUGCUCCACCUUGUCAGGCUGCAGAGCUCCGGCUGUGAUGGUUCUCUCGGGCUGAAGUGGAAAUAAGAGACCUGGGUGCUCCAGAGCUGCCUGGGCUGGCCAAGCUGUGGGGGCUGGGCUAAGACCAGUAUUAUUUAUUUGUUGUUUUAAUUUAUUGAGUUUCUUUAUGUCUCUGUUCUCUGUUCAGGGAAGGGGGAGCAGCAGCAGCACCCUCCUGCCAUCUGUCUGUCUGUUCUGUCUGUCUGACUUGGGCAGGGUGGGUCCAGAGCCCAGGUUCCCUCUAAGGACAGAGCCGUUGGGGCUGGGAACGGUGGGGAGCCGGCCAGUGGAUGCAGCACUGGCAAGCUACUGUAAACUUUAAAAGAAUUCCUGCAAGAUAUUUUUAUAAACUUUC